AUGCAUUUUUUUCCAUUUGAUAGAAUUCCAGGUAAACUCACUACCUACACUAUCAUUAAAUGUUUAGACAAUGGAAGUUAAGGAUAUGUCUAUUAAGUAAAAGGUGACGAUAAUAAAUUUUAUGCUUUGAAGAGAGUUCUAUAAAUGAAGAUUAGCGAAAACAAUUUCUUAGAAAAGUAUUUCUAGAAUUAACAGUGUUUUCCAUCCUUACUAGUCCAUUAUGAAUAUUUUAAUUACAAAAAUAGCUAAAUAAUUAUCCAAGAAUAUUGUACAGGUGGCAAUCUCUAUUAAUUAUUAUCAAGACAAAAUUUAUAGUCCUAAGAAAUAUAAAAAAUUUUAUCCGAUGUAUAAUUUAAUAUUGACUUUUAAAGAUCUGCAGAUAACUUUAGGUGUUAAGAGAAAACAACUUUUUUCAUAGAGAUUUGAAGCCAGAAAAUAUUUUAAUUUAAAAGGAUUCCAUAUCAGGUAGAAAUCAUUAUAAAAUAUGUGAUUUUGGAGAAAUUAAAGAAAUCUAAAUUAUUGAUUCUGCAGAUUAAUAAUAAAAAAUUUUCACUUAAACUAUAAAUGUUGGAACACCAUAUUAUUAAGCCCCAGAAGUAAUAUAAUCAUCAAAAUAUGAUUCUUCAGCUGAUAUCUGGUCUUUAGGAGCCUUAAUUUAUGAGCUUUAUACUUGUUAACCUUUAUUUAAUGGAAACACUUUAGAAGAUAUAUAGUAACAAAUAGUAUCUGUUAAAUAAGAUGAAAGCUUUAUCCAUUCAAAGAUAGAUUAAAUUCAAUGUGAAAACAAAUUUAAGGCCUUGUUAAAAUAAAUGCUAAGCUACAAUGCAUCUAAAAGACCUUCAAUAUAACAAAUAUAAAAUAUAUAUAAGAUAGAAUAAGCAAUAGAUUUUUAAAAAAUUAUGGAGUAGUCAAAAUGUAAAAUCUAAUCAGAAAAAUAAUUUAUUUAAUAACAAAAUUUAAACAAAGAAUAAGAUGAAUCUUAAAAAUUUAUUUAGAAUAAUUUUCCAUCUGAUUUUUCAUUCUAAGAUAUUACAGAAGUCAAGCAAAAUUAGAAUUCGCAACAAAAUAACAUAUAAAAUACCUAGUUAAAUUAGUAGUUUAUUCGUGUAGAAUAAAGUUAAGGAAAUUAAUUAUUAUUAAAUAAUAGCUAAAUUGCAGAUAUCAAAUAGAAACCUUAAGACUGCUAAAAAUUUUAACAAUUUUAAGGUAUCAACUAAAUUUAAACACCAUAACAAAUUCAUCCAAACUUUCCUCAAAUGAAUUAAUAAUUCAUAGCAAAUAAUCCUCCUGCAGAAAAGAAUACUGGUAUUUAAAAAAAUGAUAAUGAAAUUAAGAUGUAGCAAAACAACUUCAAUUAAUUAUAAUAAAAUAAAUAAGAAAUACUUAAAUAAGGUAACACUUAUUUUUUAAUUAAGGUUAAUUCCAGCAUAAUUUUAAUUAAAUUAAUUAGAGGCCCAAUUAAAAUGCGUUUUAAUUGCCAUAAAAUUUUAUCUUCCCUUAAUUUGAUAAGACAGCUGCUAACUCUUAAUAAAAUUAAAAUUUACCUAAACAGGGACAAAAAUUUAUGUGGAAUAAUUAUUAAUAAGAUAUUUAAAAUAACUAAUUUAAUAAGGGUUAAUAAUAUUAUCAAUUUAAUUAAGCAGCUGCUUUAAAGUGGUAGGGUUAGAAUUUAGAUAUGAAAAUUGAAAAUAAAGGAUAUGUAAAUGUGUAAUAAUAGCAAUAAUAAUAAUAAAAUUAAUAACAAAAUUAAUAAUAAACUUAAUAACAAUAUUAGUUUCAACAAUAUUAAUUGUUUUAAUACCAAUAAUAACAAUAACAAUAAAAAUAACUCUAAUAAUAAUAGCAAUAAUAAUAAUAAUAAUAAUAAUAAUAAUAGCAAUAAUAACAAUAAUAAUAGUAAUAAUAAUAGUAAUAAUAAUAAUAAUAGUAAUAAUAAUAGUAAUAAUAAUAGUAAUAAUAAUAAUAAUAAUAAUAAUAAUAAUAAUAAUAAUAAUAACAGUAAUAAUAAUAAUAAUAGCAAUAAUAGCAAUAAUAAUAAUAACUAUAAUAACAACAAUAAUAACAAUAGCAAUAAUAAUAAUAAUAACAAUAUUAAUAGCAAUAAUAAUAAUAAUAAUAAAUAGAUGAUAAAAAUUAAUCUAAAUAAUUGAAAAAUAUAACACGAAGUUUAUAGUAAAAUCAAUAAAUUUUUGAAUCAAUUAUAGAAAUGUCUGCAGAAGUAGAAUAAUCUAUAGAAAUACAAUCGAAUAAAGUAAAAAUUUAAAUAUUAAAUUAGAUAAAUUAAAUAAAUUAGAGAAUCAAAUAAACAUUUAAUAUUCCUGCAGAGAUUAUCUAAAUCUAGAAUGAAGAAGAUUUAAAGAAACCAGAAUAUGCACAGAGAAUUAGAGAUUAUUUAAUUAAAUAAUAUUAGUAGAUUAAAUAAAUGAAAGAUCCUAAUCAAUAUGAAGUUAAACUUCCAAAUUAAAAAUUGAAUACUGAGUACUAUAAUUAUUGA